AUGUCGCUUUGGAGAGAAACGUGUUUGAACCUGCGACAUGUUUCCCGGACGAUCCCCGGAGAUCGCAUGCGUCAUGCUCAAUCGAUGAGGUUCCUCAGCUCGUCAGCAAUUGCUCCCCGUCGACUCGGACUGGACUCAAGGGGACCGUCUUUGGCAGCGAAGACCCGGGGGUCGUUCCAAAGGUUGAACACGGGACGGCGAAGCUUCUCGGCGACAGCGGGCGUUCAACAUGGUCAUAUCACACCUCCCAAGCCGGGCGAAGAAAUCAACGUGACUUUCAUCGAUAAGGACGGGACAAAGGUCGACCUCCAAGUAGCCGAGGGGGACAACUUGUUGGACAUUGCGCAAGCCAAUGACCUUGAGAUGGAAGGAGCCUGUGGCGGUUCGUGUGCUUGCUCUACGUGCCAUGUCAUAGUUGAGGACCCCGACAUGUUCGAUAAGAUGGAAGAACCGUCCGAUGAUGAGAAUGAUAUGUUGGACUUGGCUUUCGGCCUGACAGAAACGUCCCGCCUGGGCUGUCAAGUUUUGAUGAAUAAGGACCUCGACGGAAUGGUGGUCCGGUUGCCCUCGAUGACUCGGAACUUGCAGGCGAGUGAUUUCGAGCAGAAAUAA